AUGCUGAAAAGUUGUUGCUGCACGAUACUUAACGUGGGUUUAGGACUGGAAAUCAGAACAAGCGUCACGCAGUUCGUCCAGGAGAGAAUAUGGGCACUGCGAGAACAAAACGACGGCAAAUUAUAUCAAAACGCGGCUUGUAUACGCGCCAACACCAUGAAGUUCCUUCCAAACUUUUUCAAAAAGGCGCAACUAAGCAAAAUCUUCAUCUGCUUCCCCGACCCGCACUUCAAGGCUAGAAAGCACAAGGCUAGAAUAGUCUCAACGACAUUGAAUUCGGAGUACGCCUACGCGUUACGUCCUGGGGGUAUUGUGUACACAAUCACGGACGUGGAGGCUCUGCACCUGUGGAUGGUGCAACAUUUAGAUGCUCAUCCUUCGUUUGAGCGGGUUUCUGAGGAGGAGGUCGAGAAAGAUGAGUGCGUCCAGGUUAUGGCAAAUGAGACUGAGGAAGGGAAAAAGGUUGCAAGAAAUAAGGGACAAAAGUUUGUGGCCCUGUUCAGGCGUAUGGAAGAUCCGCCUUGGGAGUAG